AUUCUUUGUUCAAUUGGAAGGAGUUCUUGUUGCCACCCACUAGCAAGCUGUGAAUGUCGAAUACCUUCCGGUCACUAUGCAUGUGUCUGCCCAGAUGGUUAUGUUGGAGAUGGUCUUGUAGAAGAAUGUCGACCUUGUCCUCCGAGAUCCUACUGGUCUCAUUCACAAACUUGUACAGCUUGUCCGGACAUAAACCACGUAACACUGUCAAUCCCAGCUAUUGGUAUUGAAAAUUGUAUAUGCAAGCCUGGUUUCAAACGAACUGCUGAUCAUCGAUGUGAAGGAAUAACUUGCCCAAGACUUAGUCCACCAGACAAUGGUUACUUUGUUACUCAGCCAACUACGAAUGCUAAUGUUCUAAAUGCUGCUAAUGGUGUACGGUGUAAAUCGGGAUAUCAUUUAUUAGGAAGCAGUCUUCGUCUUUGUCAAGAGAACGGAACUUGGUCAGGAACUGAAGCUCAAUGUGUCCUUAAAUCAUGUCCAAGUCUUCCGGUGCCCCAAAAUGGAAUGAUCACUUGUCAAAAUCAUGACCUGGAACUUCCAUCAUUCGAUUACACACCACAAAAUGACAGUUUUAUGGAAGGUUAUCUAGAUGACUCAAAACGUCGUACAGAGCCAAUGCCAAUUGAUACUGAAUGUUCUUAUCGCUGCAGUCCUGGACAUUACAUAGUUGGUUCAAAAAAUAGAAAUUGUUUGCCUUUGUCUAAAUGGGAUGGUCGCCAAACAACUUGCAAGACGGUAAUGUGUGCUCCCCUUCCAAAACCGAAAUUUGGUUAUUAUGAGCAUUCAGAAUGUACACAGGGUAAACAACCCUAUGGGACAAAUUGCACGCUUAUUUGUCCAGAAGGAUUUACACUCAAAGGUGCAGGAACUCGUGUAUGUUCUGGUAAAAAGAAUGGUUUUUGGACACCGAAAAAUAAAAAUUCUAAAUGCGUUGAUAUUACUCCACCAAAGCUUGUUUGUCCAGACAAUUAUACUCUAGAACUGCCUCCAAACAAUGACUCAAUUUUCGUAAUUUCCUUACCAUUACCAUUGGAAGUUCAAGAUUCAUCAUCGUCUAGUGUUAAAAUUUGGACCAAACCAUCAGUUGACGAUGCAACAGGUGUUGGUCUUAAAAUUGGACAUCAUACAUUCACUUAUUAUGCAAGUGAUCAAUUUAAUAAUAAAGCUGAGUGUAAUUUCCGAGUGACAGUUCUUGAUAGAACUCCACCAAGUGUCGAAAAUUGUGUUGAUUCAGAAGAAUUUUGGAUAACAACAGAUAAUGUGACAUCGAAAAUUGAAUGGGAAGAACCAACUUUUGUAGAUAAUUCUAAAGAAGAUGUUGAAAUUAGAGUCUUAACAGCAUUGGAUCCACGAAAAAUGACAACACUUGUUGCAGGAGAAUAUCCAAUUUUGUAUACCGGACAAGACCGAUCGAAAAAUUACAAUGAGUGCUUAUUGAAUAUAACAAUAAAAGAGCUAACCUGCGAUCCCCUACCAUCACCUCAACAUGGUCUUUCAUACUGUGCUAAAAACACUACUCACACUUGGUGUGAAGUUAGCUGCGAUAAUGGCUAUGCAAUUUAUGACGAUGAAACCGAAGAAUAUUUGGAUAAUUUUCGAAUUUCAUGUGAUCACAAACAUCCGGGUUGGAAAUAUCGAACAAUUCCAGAUUGCACAAAACAAGAUCUACCAGAUGCUGUUGGACAAUCAUUUACUAUAGAACUUGAUAGUGAAAAUCCGCUUUGUUCUAAUAAAGAAUCCAAAGAAACUUUCAUUUCAAGCUUAUCUGAUCAAAUGAAGACACAUUUAUGCAAUAACCAGGAAGGUUGUAGUAUUAUUUCGGAAAUUCCAGAAUGCAUUGAAGAAGAAAUAGAAGAUGACAAGAUCGAUGAUACACCGCUGGGUGAUCGUGAGAAAUAUCAUAUCUCGAAAAGAGAAGUACCCUCAGGAAAUCGUCAAAAGAAGAACAAAAAACGAAUUCGACUUAAUGUUAAAAUUCGACUCUACACGAAGAUUAGCAAACGUAUGGGUUUAUGGGAAAAUAAUGCUACUCUGUCGGAGAACAUUCGUCAGAUGAAAUAUGAAUUUCAGAGAUUCAAUACAAAUGAACCAUUGAAGAGAGCCCUGGAAGAUAUGCAAAUCAAUGUUAGAAGGUUGAAAAUUGAAGAAUUCGUUCGUUGUCCCGAUGGAAGUGUAUCGAAGAAGAAUAUUUGUGUCCAAUGUGCACGAGGAACCUAUCAAGAUGCCGCUCUAAAUAGCUGCAAGUUGUGCCCUCUGGGAACUUAUAAUUCUCAGUAUGCUCAAAAUGUGUGUUCAAGAUGUCCUCCCCAUCAUACAACUAGACGAGAAGGACGUCUUUAUCAAACCGAUUGCAAAGCUGAAUGUCCUCCAGGAACCUGGGCCAAACUUCGCCAAAAGCCACGUAGAAACUCUUCAGGAAUGACAGCUUCCCAUAGUUUUAUGCCUUUUUGUAGAAAAUGUGCAGCUGGCGAUUAUCAACCUGCAUACAAUCAAAUAAGCUGCCAUCAAUGUCCAAUAGGAUUCACCUCACCACGUGGCUCAACAUCACUCUACGAUUGCAGUGAGAAAAAGCUUCACAUUUGCGAGACUCAGGCAAAAAUUUGUGGAGACUUUGGCAAAUGUAUCGCCGAAGAUGGUGGUGAUGAUCUGUAUAGCUGUAUCUGCCCCGGAGGCUACCAGGGAGCACGGUGCGAGCAUCCAAUCGAUCUAUGUCAUUCAGGGCCAUGUGUCAAUAAUGGCAUUUGUGCUCAUCUUAACGAAACUACAAUUACAUGUCAAUGUCCUCCAGAAUUCACUGGAAAGUUCUGUGAGGAAUUACGCAAUCCGUGUGACGUCACAGUGUGUCAAAAUGGCGGUACAUGUAUCGUAUCUGACGAUGGUGAAGCUGUAUGCGAAUGUUCAUCCGACUUUGAAGGGAAACUAUGUGAAGAAUCGGUCAAUUAUUGCGACUCAAUGCUUUGUGAAUCGGGUAUUUGUCAAAAUAAAAACAAUGGCUACAUUUGUAUCUGUCCCCCCGGAAUUAUCGGAAGAAGAUGCCAUUUGAGACCUUGUGAUAACUUUCCUUGUCAUCCAAAUGCAACUUGUGUGGAUAUGAUGCAUUUUCCCGCUACCAGGGGGAGUUACGAAUGCAAAUGUCCGAAAGGUCUUAGAGGUUAUGAUUGCUCAGAGAUAUCAAAUCCUUGUGAAUCUUCGCCUUGUGAGAAUAAUGGAAUUUGUCAAGCUGUAGCUUUGAGGGGGGAACCUAUCCCAGAUGGAACAAUUUUAGAUGAUGACGUGUAUGAGAAGUUUACAUGUAAAUGUCCGCCAUAUUUUUACGGUGAGCUGUGUGAGAUCUUUACAAAGCCGGACUUUGUCAUGAAGUUUAGCAAGGCCAGCACAUUGAAUUAUGUGAAAAUGAAGGGGCCUGAUCAUGAUCUCUCGGAGUUCUCAUUUUGUACGUGGAUAAAGACAGAUGACAGCUUUACCUAUGGAGCUGUUCUGUCAUAUGCAACAAAGGAUAAUGAUAACGCAUUUACUCUCACAGAUUACUCAGGAUUUGUUUUGUAUGUUAACGGUAAUUCAUCGGGCUCCGAUAUUGUUGCCAACGAUGGUGAAUGGCAUUUCUUGUGUGCUUCCUGGACAAGUGAGAAUGGUUAUUAUGAGCUCUUUUUUGAUGGCCGAUUGGAACAUGCUGGGAUGAAUUUAAGUGCUGGGCAGCAUAUUCCUGGUGAUGGAAUUUUCAUCGUUGGUCAGGAACAGGAUAGACUUGGUGGAGGUUUUAGUGAAUCAGAGUCAUUUAUUGGCCAGAUAGCUUAUUUAGAAGUUUGGGAUACAGUAAUUACAGCUGAUCAAGUGAAUGAAUUUUACCGAAGUUGUCAACCAUACCGUGGAAGUUUAUACUCAUGGACAGAUUUCAAAGGGAAGAUUCAUGGUGGAAUAGAAAUUUUACCAUCAAAUUUCUGUCAAGACUGUCGAAAGGACCUUCAAAUAUCAAAUGGAUUUAUACGUUAUAAGGAUAAUCAGGCGUUAUACUUUUGUAAUCCUGGAUUUAUUAUGAGAGGGUCAACAACAGUUAGACAUUGUUUGAGAACAUCAGAAUGGUCUUAUGAGACACCAUAUUGUGAUGUUGUGGAUUGUGGAAAUUUGCGUCCAGUGGAAAAUGGACGAAUAAACUAUUCAUCUGGUACAACCUUACACAGUAUUGCAGAAUAUGAAUGCAGUAAUGGAUACGCUGUUGAUGGGAAUGACAAAAGAGUAUGUCUAACUAUGGGAGUAUGGUCUGGCCAAGAACCAGUUUGUCGAAGUUAUGUUCAGUGUGAGAAACUUAUUUUACCCGAAAAUAUACACGUUGUAUAUGCCAGUGACAAGGGAAUAAUACAAUGGGAAAUGGAUUAUUAUCCAGUUGGUGUUUUUGCACAGGUUACUUGUUUACUGACAUCAAGGGAUCAUUUUCUGACAUGUAUGGAUGACGGUGAGUGGGAUGGCUCCAUUCCAAAUUGCAAUCAAUACCCUAUUACAAGUGAUGUACCAGAAACUACCACCAUUCCUCCUAGCAGUUCCAUUGCAACUACAAUAUCUACCACCACACCAACACCAACAAGUGAAAAACUUAUUACUUUCGAUCUCAUUCGUCCAACUUCUGAAUUCCAAAAGAUUGAUGACUUAAAUCUAAGAACUUCAACUGUUAAUCUUGAAGAAGAUCUAAAACCGGACCUAGAAUCAGAAAUCACCACUAAAAUACCACAUUCUGCACCAAAACUACCAACAACGGAAGUGGACCCAACACCAAUGUCAGUUAUAAAAUUGACAACAGAAGAACCUAUGCUAUCAACUUCACCUGUACAACCGUUACAAAAUAAAACUCCUUAUCCAUAUAAAGAUUUCUGGAAUUUACUCUACGAAUUCUUAUACAAAGGUUGUCUAGGUGAAAGUUCUACAGAAGUCAUUCUUUGUUCACAAACAACAAAGCCUGUUUAUCAUUCAAAUCUUUUCAUUUCUGAUCAAAACAAUAUGGAAAAAUAUCCAAAUGUUGAUGUUCAACUUUUAGACUUGUUAGAACGGCAUUCCAAUGAUGUGUUAAAUGAAACCAAUGGUGUUCCCUAUGAAGACUUUUUUGACAUACUUAUCUAUGGAAAGAAUUUUGCUAAUGUCACAAAGAUGGAACCUGAUUUUGAGAAUGCCAUAAGAUUUGUACUUUGUAUUUUCCUUGAUGCCAUUGCUUGGGAGAAUAAAUUUGAUCAGAAACCUCCAGUUGAAGAGGAUGCAACUGCGCUGGAAAACCGUAGUGGAAUUUUGAAGAAGUUGAUAAGAAAAUUGAUUGUACCAGUUUAUGAAGAAUAUAAGAGACGGUUUCCUGAAGUAAAAACUACGACCCCAAAAGCUUGGGAAAUGUCAAGCACAGUAGAUGAAAACAAUUUCGAUGAAAUUGGAGAGGCUGAAUGGACUGAUGAUAGCAAUGACGAAACACCGGGUUGUGAUUGGAGUAGUUUACCAGAUCCACCAUUGGGCGGGGUCAUUGUUCAGUACAAGUUUUGGGAGAACGAAACUAUCAGUUUCGGAGGUGCAGUUGAAUACGGCUGUGGAACUAAUCUGCAGCGUAUUGGAAGAUCGUGGUUAUCGAAGUGCUUGGAAAAUGGUCAGUGGAGUGAUAUCGACUACAAAUGUCAUCUUAAAUGGUGCUAUGAACCACCCCUUCUUAGGAAUAUGAUUGUGGAUUCACCAUCAGAUCACUAUCGGAUUGGCCAUAUCGCCACCGUAAGCUGUGAGCCAGGUUUCUAUCUUUUUAAGAAUAACAACACAAUUGAAUGCCUUCCAAGUGGAAUGUGGUCAAGAGUGCAAACUUGGUGUGCAAGAAUUUCGUGUGAUAUUCCAAGCUUACCUGAAAAUGCUGAAACAGUUAAAGGAAGCUCUUUUCUUUAUGAAGACACUUUAUCAGUAAAAUGCGGCGAAGACUUCUAUGAACUUACUUGCGAUAUCAACGGUCAAUGGACAUCAAAUCUUCCAGAAAUCUGUUAAUAAUAAUUAUAUAAAAUUUUAAAAUAAGAUUAGAA